AUGGGGUCCAGCACAUCGAAACCAGAGCAAUCGGGCUACCAAUGGAAGGCCUCAGGGACGCCGGGUGUUUCCAUGCCUGUCCUCGACUCCCUGCAGUCCAGCGCCGAGACCGACGCCUCGCGUGCCAAGCUGCUCGAGCAGCAGAUCCACGCCCGUGUCGCCGACGAGCUCAAGAAGCUGCAGAAGCGCGAAGCCGAAGCCCUCGCCGCCGCCCACGACAAGAUUGCCGCCGCCACCGCGUCCUCCUCAAAGUCGACCGACAAGGCCGACAACAGCAACGGUCCGACCCGCUUCACCGUCGGCAAGGAGGUCGACGCCCUCCGCAAGAAGCUGGAGGAGCGCAAGCAGGUCCGCGCGCUGCCUGACAGCGUCGAGGCGGCGCGCACAAAGGUGAUUGAGUGCCUGCGCACCAAUGACCGCCGGCCGCUCGACUGCUGGCAAGAGGUGGACGACUUCAAGGCCGAGGUCAAGAAGCUGGAAAAGUCGUGGGUCGACAAGGUCGUGUCGUGA